AAUUUUUCUUGCGUGUUUUUCUCUCAUUUUAAUCCAAACACAGAACCCAGGUGUCAUUUCUUCCCAGGUUCAUCAAACUUCUUCCUCGUUAAGUUUUAUUUAGGCAUUGAAAAGUUUUACAAGUAAUCAUUUUCAAGAACAUUCAACUGUCGGCGGUGAUUGAACAGGUGUAGAUUUGGUGAAGUUUCAGAAACUGUUUCUUAAAAGAGUAAAGUUUGUUAGUUGUAUUGUGAGUCGAUUUUGUUGGUGAUGGGAGGAAAAAGCUCAAAAGGGUCAAGUGGGAGAUAUUAUUCUUCAAGAGGAUCUGCUAAUUCUUCGUGGAAUAAUUACGGCUACCCGCCAUCGUCAUAUCCUCCACAGAGCUCAUAUAUUAAUACGCCCCAGCAUCACUAUGCGCCUCCUCCAUCAUAUGGUUAUGGAUCCCAAACGCCCCAGCCACAAAGAAGAUUAGAUAGGAAGUUUUCAAGGAUAGAUGAUAACUACCAGACUUUGGAACAGGUUACUUCUGCUCUUGCACAUGCUGGCUUGGAGUCUUCUAAUUUGAUUGUUGGUAUAGAUUUCACAAAGAGCAAUGAAUGGACAGGUGCAAGGUCAUUCAACCGGAAAAGUUUGCAUCACAUUGGACAGGGUCAAAAUCCCUAUGAACAAGCAAUAUCCAUUAUUGGACAAACUUUAUCUGCUUUUGACGAGGAUAAUUUAAUUCCUUGUUUUGGAUUUGGAGAUGCAUCAACACAUGAUCAAGAUGUCUUCAGUUUUUAUCCAGAUGAGAGAUUCUGUGAUGGAUUUGAGGAAGUGCUGCAACGAUAUAGAGAAAUCGUUCCCAGCCUUCGACUUGCAGGACCAACAUCAUUUGCACCCAUUAUUCAUAUGGCCAUGACCAUUGUUGAGCAAAGUGGUGGUCAGUACCAUGUUUUGCUAAUAAUUGCUGAUGGGCAGGUUACAAGAAGUGUUGAUACACAUCAUGGUCAACUAAGCCCGCAAGAGAAAAAGACAAUUGAUGCAAUUGUUCAAGCAAGCGAAUUCCCAUUGUCAAUAGUUCUAGUGGGUGUUGGAGAUGGGCCUUGGGACAUGAUGAAGGAGUUUGAUGAUAACAUCCCUGCUCGAGCCUUUGAUAAUUUUCAGUUUGUGAACUUCACAGAGAUAAUGUCAAAGAACAUGGAUCCAUCCAGGAAGCAGACGGAAUUUGCUCUUUCAGCAUUGAUGGAAAUACCUUCUCAAUAUAAAGCAACACUUGAGCUUGGCAUACUAGGCGGCAAGCACGGAGUUAAUGCUCCAGACAGGGUUCCUCUUCCCCCACCUUUGUAUAAUGCAUCAUCUUUCCAUAGAAGCUCAAAACCACCAUCACGCUCAAGCAGUUUUCAGCAAGCUAGACCUCCCUAUUCUGGAUAUGAUGCACAGGCACCUGGUCAUUCUGGAUAUGAUUCACCAGUCAGCACAGAACCAUCUUCAAGUUCUUUUUAUGAUAACCAGAUAUGCCCCAUUUGUCUUACUAAUCCAAAGGACAUGGCCUUUGGCUGUGGACAUCAGACUUGCUGUGAUUGUGGGGAAGACCUCCAGUUAUGCCCCAUUUGUCGGAACUCAAUCCACACUAGAAUCAAGCUCUAUUAACCAGUUUUGUCACGUCUAAUAAUGUGCUUGGCUUGACAUCAACCAAGUCAAAUUCUCAGUUCACUAUGCCAGCUAAGGUUGAUCAUCUGUGCUUAUCAUGCAUGAUUAUGUUUCUUGGAAUAAAAACAAAAAUGUUUUAGGUAGACUUCAUUAUAGGCUAAAAAAAUGGUUAGAAUUUGGUGGGCAUGAAGUGUCCUUGGUGUAAGAUAAAAAGGAAAAGAAAAAGAAAAUUUUCAAGCACAAGCUAAAGCAGAAGACAUAACUGCUAGUUGGAGAUGUAGUGAAAAGAGGUGGUUGUAAUUUCAGAAGAAUGGAAGUCUUAGAGCAUUUGAUGAUAUGUCACAUGUGGGAGAAGUGUCAUUUUUCAUUUUUUGUUACAGAUAAACCACAAGGCUUUCAAUACAGUCAAUUCCUUAGCUUUUUCCUACUAAUAGGAUGAGUUUGUACAUUAACAAUUAGAGCUUUUGAUUUAAGAGUCUUUGGUCGAGUUGGCAUUCUUAUAUUCAGUUUUGAGAUAUGUAAUUUAAUAUUGAGCUACUCUAGUGAGCUUGCGGUUGCUUUUGUUGAAUUCUGUAAGGUUUCAUUUGGUGUUUUGAUGUAAAUGAAGUAUGGUUUUGGCA